CCUAAACAAACGAAAAACUGCACUUUUGUUUAGUUUUCGGUAUAAAAGUGACGAUUACUCCGAUUUGAAUAUCAUUCAGCUAAGUACAUCGGUUCGGUUCAUUAGAUUUUAGUCCACCCAAACCGGUGUCCGUGUCCCGAAAGUUGCACCGAGUUCUGCCGUGAAGUUCCACCGAUUCCGGCGAGUGUCUACCAUCCACCCUCAAAAGAACAAGAACGAGGAAGGAUUCUACUGAGCGCACAGCUAUCCUGCAGCAGCAGCAGUUGAAAACUAUCAUGAAGUUCCAACACCGACUAUCGGCACUGUUGGUGCUGUGUUGCGCUCUGGGGCCAGCUUUUGCCGCGUCACUUGCCAAACGAGAGGCGCCUCUGCCUGGCGGUAGCUAUUUGCCACCGUCGAGUGCAGGAGGUGCUGGCGGUUACCCACCAGCUGGUCCGCCGAGUGGCAGCUAUGGACCACCCAGCAAUGGCAAUGGUGGCGGCGGUUACCCAUCCAACGGUGGUGCUCCAUCGCAGCAAUACGGAGCACCUUCCCAGUCUGGCGGUUUCGGAGGUCAGGCUCCAUCCCAGCAGUACGGUGCACCAUCCGCACCGUCUCAACAGUAUGGAGCCCCCUCGGCCGGCAACGGCAAUGGUUUUGGAUCUCGCCCACAAACUCCCUCUCAGCAAUAUGGAGCUCCAUCGGGUGGCAAUGGAUUUGGAUCUCGUCCGCAAGUUCCAUCCCAACAAUAUGGUGCCCCAUCCAACGGUAACGGUAACGGAUUUGGAGGACGUCCUCAGGCGCCAUCUCAGCAAUAUGGUGCACCAAGCAGUGGACCCAUUGGUGGUGCUCGCCCACAAACACCUUCUCAACAGUACGGCGCCCCAUCCGGUGGUGCUCCUUCACAGCAAUACAGUGCUCGUAGCAAUGGAAACGGCCACAGCAGCGCUCCCUCUCAGCAAUACGGUGCUCCUAGCAAUGGAAACGGCCACAGCAGCGCUCCCUCUCAGCAGUACGGUGCCCCAAGCAAUGGAAACGGUCACAGCAGUGCUCCCUCUCAGCAGUACGGUGCUCCUAGCAAUGGAAACGGUUUCGGCAGCGCUCCUUCUCAGCAAUACGGAGCUCCCAAUAGCGGAGCUGGAGGAUUCCGUCCACAAGCACCUUCCCAGCAAUACGGUGCUCCAUCCCAGCAGCAUGGUGCUCCGUCAGGCGGUGCCCCGUCUCAGCAGUAUGGCGCCCCAGCUGGUGGUGCCCCAUCUCAACAAUACGGCGCCCCAUCUCAACAGUUCGGUAGUGGUAAUGGACACGGCUCCAACGGUGGCUCUCGCCCACAGGCACCAUCUCAACAAUAUGGAGCUCCAUCUCAACAGUAUGGUGCACCUUCAGGUGGAUUUGGAGGACCUUCUCAGGGACGUUCAUUCGCUCCUCCUGCUACCAGUUAUGGAGUUCCUGCUGGACCUUCCACCGGAGGACGUCCAUCUAGCCAGUAUGGUGCUCCCGCUCCAGGCGGUAAUGGAAACGGCGGACGCCCUAGCCAACAGUACGGAGCUCCAUCCACUGGAGUGAGUCGCCCAUCGAGCCAGUACGGAGCCCCUGCUCCCGGUGGAAAUGGAAAUGGAAACGGACACGGCCCGUCCCAGCAGUAUGGUGCCCCAGCUUCCGGUGGUAACGGCAAUGGCUUUGGAGCACGUCCGUCUCAGCAGUAUGGCGCUCCAUCUGCCGGAGGAAAUGGAAAUGGCUUUGGAGGCAGACCUUCUCAACAAUAUGGUGCACCUGCUCCAGGAGGUAACGGAAAUGGUUUUGGAGCGAAGCCUUCUCAGCAGUAUGGAGCCCCAGCACCAGGUGGUAACGGAAAUGGUUUCGGAGCCAGGCCGUCUCAGCAAUAUGGAGCUACUGCCCCAGGUGGUAAUGGAAACGGUUUUGAUGCACGCCCAAGCUUGUCGUAUGGAGCGCCAGCUCCCAGUGCCGGGCGUCCGUCGCCGCAAUAUGGUGCCCCAGCACCAGGUGGUAGCUUUGGAGGAACCCCAUCAUCUCAGUACGGUGCACCAUCCGGUGGAAACGGUCACGGUAGUGCUCCGUCGUCCCAAUAUGGUGCUCCAUCGACUCCUUCACAGCAGUACGGAGCUCCAAGCCAAUCCUCUUCUUCAAAUUUCGGUGCCAUAGCCGCUCCUUCCCAGCAAUAUGGUGCUCCAAGCAAUGGUAACGGACACAGCAACGGUAACGGACACAGCAGUGGAGGAUAUCAAGCUAGCUCAUCGGCUGGAAAUGGCUUCUCGCAGGCUUCAUUCUCGGCCAGCAGCUUCUCGUCCAAUGGCCACGGAGCCUCGAGCAGCGGGUACAGUUCUGGUCGUCCAGAAUCGUCUAUUCCGGCCACCAUCCCUCAGUCAUACACCUCGGGCGGAGGCUACAAUUAUUAAGCACGGAUACCCUGACAAACCGGACAAUAACCGCUUAUCACACUCACUUUGUGACGUGCCCCGUACGAAAAGUGCCGUAAAACAUAGCGUUCACUUCAUCACUUGUAAGCUGUCAUACCUUACAUUCAAACAAUUUGAGGCCACACAAGCGAAACAAUUCAGAUACUCUGAUAAAAAACACGUCAAAAAUACCGAAAAAAAACACGUUUGAUGAUGCCAUUGUGUAUUUCUGAAAUGGAGCUAUGUUUUUAACUGUUUAUGGUUAAUUAAAUUAAAUUAUUGUAUUAAUAUAGGUUAGCUUUAUGUUUUAUAUGUGCUAAAAACAUAGCUUGAUGAGAUAAUCUUGACGAUAGUAUGCUGAGCUUAUUCACAACAGAGGGACAAUACGACUGCUGCAGGCAAGAUUUCAUCCAAGCAAGCUAGCUCACACAAUUUGUACUGACGCAAGGAGCCUUUGCACACACACAUAUAUAUCUUCAUGCGCGCGCGCGCGUUAGCGCAGGUUGAACAUUCAUACAAAGCAUUUACUGACGCCAUCUAGCUCUGCAGAACAAAUUUGUGGAAGACCGCUAACGGACAGCUCGUCAGGUCCGGAGUAUGUGUAUUAGGUUAAAUUGAUUUGCAUCAAUUCAAGCAGAGAAACAACGAAAGACGACAAAUAAAAAUACUGAACAUUUGCAAUCAUCAUUUUCCUCCAAAGUUCGAUAGCGUCUUUUAGUUUAGCUGAGCUGUUCCGAACAAAGUCCUGAUUUGAUUAACUAGAUUUACUGAAUUUUUUUAUGGAAGUGUUUGGGCUUCGAUAACUUGUACUGAAUAAAACGGAUUUUCUGGUUAUUGCACCAAUCAAGUUGUAUAUUUCAUAUGAUUGGCAGGGUGCCAAUAAAAUUUUUCUA